GGCCGCCCCGCGGCGCGCCUGUGGCGGCGGUGCCGCCUCCCGCUUUCCUCAGGCCUCGGCCCGGCCAGGCCCGAGCGCUCCGUGUCUCCCGCGGCCAGGCCCGGGGGCUGCGGUACCGAGGGGCCGCCUGCGCUGCCGCGGGACCUUCCGCCUGCGUCCGAGGCCCAGGGGGAGCCGGGGGCUGUGGCGGAGGCGGCGGGGCUGGGGCAGGCCGGCCCCACUGUGUGCAAGGGCUGCGAAUAACCGCCCGGAGCCAAAGUGCCUUUAGUGUUUCUUCUUAAUUUAUUGCUUUGUUUAUUUUACAGAGCACUAGAUAUCUGUCCGUGUGUCUAUCAGUUAGUGUAGAUUCUGCUUAAAUAAGGUAUCGAGAGAAAUCUUGUAGUGCUGGUCACUCUGUUGCAAGCUCAUACCAGAGAAGUAACUUUUUGCUGUAGGAACUGGGAGACGCGUUCAGGUUCUGUCUCCUCAAGCUACCCUUUGGCAUGACUUCAGACGUGUUUGUUAGUAUACCUUUAUUCUGGCAGGCAGCAUUGUAGGAUCAGUGAUCAAGAACCUAAUGAGAAAAACUCAACCGCCAGUUCAAAUGACUUCAGUGAUCCAGUUUACAAAGAAAUUGCUUUAGCUAAUGGUUACAUCAACAGAAUGACCAGAGAUGAGCUCAGAAGUAAACUUGCAGAGUUCAAGCUUGAAACCAGGGGAGUGAAAGACGUGCUGAGAAAGAGACUGAAAAACUAUUGCAAGAAACAGAAGCUGAUGCAGAAGGAACCCAUUAAUGGAGAGAGCUACUAUGACUACAUCUGUGUUGUUGACUUUGAAGCAACAUGUGAAGAAGGAAACCCACCUGAAUUUGUACAUGAAAUAAUUGAGUUUCCUGUUGUCUUACUAAACACACGUACCCUAGAAAUAGAGGAUACCUUUCAGCAAUACGUGAAGCCAGAAAUUAAUCCAAAACUUUCAAACUUCUGCAUCAAUCUGACAGGAAUCACCCAGGAAGUUGUUGAUAAAGCUGAUACAUUUCCUCAAGUUCUGCAGAACGUCAUAGAGUGGAUGAGACAGUGGGAACUGGGAACAAAGUAUACCUAUUCCAUGUUGACAGAUGGGUCUUGGGAUAUGAGUAAAUUUUUGAACAUCCAGUGCCGUAUUAGCCGUAUCAAAUACCCUUCUUUUGCCAAAAAGUGGAUCAAUAUUCGCAAAUCAUACGGGAACUUCUAUAAGGUUCCUAGGAACCAGACGAAGCUGACGAUCAUGCUUGAACAGUUGGGUAUGAAUUAUGACGGGAGACCUCACAGUGGACUUGAUGACUCUAAAAACAUAGCACGGAUAGCUAUACGGAUGCUGCAGGAUGGCUGCGAGCUGCGGGUGAACGAGCAAAUGCAUGCUGGACAGCUGAUGACAGUCUCCUCCGCAGCCCCCUUAGAGGGAGCCCCUGCUCCACAGAUGCCCCGCUACAGAAACUAGUAGUUCAGGGUUGUUCUGCCUUAGGAACUCUUCUCAGAUAUCUGCUAAAGACUGUUAAGAGCUUAUUAAACAGCCACAUCAGCCAACCUGUCUGCAGUGCAGAAUCCAUAAGCACCUUAACUAAUCGUCUCUGUUGAAAUAAAGAGGAGUGUGGAAGCUCUUUGCCCUUUGAA